AGGCGGCGGCCCAGGCGGCGCAGAGGAUACAGGUGGCUCGCUUCCGAGCCAAGUUCGACCCCCGGGUCCUUGCCAGAUAUGAUAUCAAAGCUCUUAUUGGGACAGGUAGUUUCAGCAGGGUUGUCAGGGUAGAGCAGAAGACCACCAAGAAACCUUUUGCAAUAAAAGUGAUGGAAACCAGAGAGAGAGAAGGUAGAGAAUCGUGUGUGUCUGAGCUGAGCGUCCUGCGGCGGGUUAGCCAUCAUUACAUUGUCCAGCUCAUGGAGAUCUUUGAGGCUGAGGAUCGAGUUUAUAUGGUAAUGGAGCUGGCUACCGGAGGGGAGCUCUUUGAUCAACUCAUUGCUCAGGGAUCCUUUACAGAGCGGGAUGCUGUCAGGAUCCUUCGGAUGGUUGCUGAUGGGAUUAGGUAUUUGCACGCACUGCGAAUAACUCAUAGGAACCUAAAGCCCGAAAACCUCUUAUACUAUCAUCCAGGUGCAGAGUCAAAAAUUUUAAUUACAGAUUUUGGUUUGGCACACUCUGGGAACAAAAGCGGUGACUGGACAAUGAAGACACUCUGUGGGACCCCAGAGUACAUAGCUCCUGAGGUUUUGCUAAGGAAGCCUUAUACCAGUGCAGUGGACAUGUGGGCUCUUGGUGUGAUCACAUAUGUUUUACUUAGCGGAUUCCUGCCUUUUGAAGAUGAAAGUCAGACAAGGCUUUACAGGAAGAUUCUGAAAGGCAAAUAUAAUUAUACAGCAGAGCCUUGGCCAAGCAUUUCCCACUUGGCAAAGGACUUUAUAGACAAACUACUGAUUUUGGAGGCUGGUCAUCGCAUGUCAGCUGGCCAGGCCUUGGACCAUCCCUGGGUGAUCAACAUGGCUGCAGAGUCUCCCAUGAAGAAUCUCCAGAGGGCCAUUUCCCGAAACCUCAUGCAGAGGGCCUCUCCCCACUCUCAGAGUCCUGGAUCUGCACAGUCUUCUAAGUCACAUUAUUCUCACAAAUCCAGGUAUAUGUGGAGCAAGAGAAACUUAAGGAUAGAAGAAUCGCCACUGUGUGUGUCUGCACUUUUGUAAGCAGAUGACCUCUAAAACCAUUUUGACCUUUUUUAGGACCAUUUCAUCAUGAUUAGGGCACCCUCAAGUUCCAAGGACAUGGGACUCC